AAGAAAAUAAUGCUGGUUGGCGCUCGCACCUCCCAGUCUCUCCCAGUCCGCCGUGAGGAAAGGGCACCCGCUCGGUGUCCACGCCGGGACCCCAGCCGAGCCGCCCUAGCCGCCGCCUCACCGCGAGUGCUGCUGGGUUCCGCUAAGGCAUAAUCUGCGAGUGCCGCGCCCGGGCAUUGCCAGCCCCGGGGAGGCGCCGCCUGCAAGGACAUCUCUCCGUCCCGCCUCGCCCGCAACUCCGGUCCUUGUCGAGCUCGACGCGACCCAGGAGUCCGGACGUCCCCUUGCGCGCGGCGCAGCAGCUCGAUCAAGUCAGUCCCCCGCUUCCCCAGCUCGGAGCCAACUCCAUCUCGGACCUGGGACUCCUAACGCGGAUACUCAGCUACUUCUCACCUCGUGGCUGUGCCUGCCUCCCCGGACGCCCUCCCGCUGCCCUCCUUCUCCGCUCAGGACGGGGGUGCCACGAUGUCCCGCUGCUGCACAGGGCCCCGGGCCGCCCCCGACGUGUGACCCCAGCCUGGUCCCCCUGCUCGGCCGUCCGCCCUCCCCUUGGAGACCCCCGUCCCGGUCCCCGGGGGAGGAGGAAGACGACGACGAGGCCGAGGGGGGCAUGUCUGGCUCCAAAAGCGUGAGCCCCCCGGGCUACGCUGCGCAGACAGCGGCGGCGCCGGCGUCCCGGGGAGGCCCGGAACACCGCUCGGCGUGGGGAGAGGCCGAUUCCCGCGCCAAUGGCUAUCCCCAUACCCCCGGGGGUUCGGCCCGCGGCUCCACCAAGAAACCCGGGGUAGCGGUGACCCCGCAGCAGCAGCAGCGCCUGGCCAGCCGCUGGCGCAGCGACGACGACGACGAUCCUCCGCUGAGUGGCGACGAUCCCCUGGCUGGGGGCUUCGGCUUCAGCUUCCGCUCCAAGUCUGCCUGGCAGGAGCGCGGCGGCGACGACUGCGGUCGGGGCAGCCGCCGGCAGCGGCGGGGCGCGGCCGGAGGGGGUAGCACCCGGGCGCCCCCUGCGGGCGGCGGCGGCGGCUCCGCGGCCGCGGCGGCCGCGGCCGGUGGGACGGAGGUGCGCCCCCGCUCGGUGGAGCUGGGCCUUGAGGAACGGCGGGGUAAGGGUCGCGCGGCCGAUGAGCUGGAGGCCAGCGCCGUCGAGGGCGACGAGGGGUCCGGGGAUGGCGGCAGCUCGGCGGGCUCGGGCGCGGGCCCCGGCCCAGUGUUGUCCCUGGGCGCCUGCUGCCUGGCGCUGCUGCAGAUAUUCCGCUCCAAGAAGUUCCCGUCGGACAAGCUGGAGCGGCUGUACCAGCGCUACUUCUUCCGUCUGAACCAGAGCAGCCUCACCAUGCUCAUGGCUGUGCUGGUGCUCGUGUGCCUCGUGAUGUUGGCCUUCCACGCGGCGCGGCCCCCCCUCCAGCUGUCCUACCUGGUGGUGCUGGCGGCUGCCGUGGGGGUGAUCCUCGUGAUGGCCGUGCUCUGCAACCGUGCAGCCUUCCACCAGGACCACAUGGGCCUGGCCUGCUACGCGCUCAUCGCGGUGGUGCUGGCCGUCCAGGUGGUGGGCCUGCUGCUGCCCCAGCCGAGAAGCGCCUCUGAAGGCAUCUGGUGGACUGUGUUCUUCAUCUACACCAUCUACACGUUGCUGCCCGUGCGCAUGCGGGCAGCGGUACUCAGCGGGGUGCUCCUGUCUGCCCUCCACCUGGCCAUCGCCCUGCGCACCAACGCCCAGGACCAGUUCCUGCUCAAGCAGCUUGUCUCCAAUGUCCUCAUUUUCUCCUGCACUAACAUCGUGGGUGUCUGUACCCACUACCCAGCUGAGGUCUCCCAGAGACAGGCCUUCCAGGAGACCCGGGAGUGCAUCCAGGCUCGACUUCACUCACAGCGGGAGAACCAGCAGCAGGAGCGGCUCCUGCUGUCUGUCCUUCCGCGUCAUGUUGCCAUGGAGAUGAAAGCAGACAUCAACGCCAAGCAGGAGGAUAUGAUGUUCCACAAGAUUUAUAUCCAGAAACAUGACAACGUGAGCAUCCUGUUUGCUGACAUCGAGGGCUUCACCAGCCUGGCAUCCCAGUGCACUGCCCAGGAGCUGGUCAUGACCCUCAACGAGCUCUUUGCCCGCUUCGACAAGCUGGCUGCGGAGAAUCACUGUUUACGCAUUAAGAUCCUAGGGGAUUGUUAUUACUGCGUGUCGGGGCUGCCUGAAGCGAGGGCCGACCAUGCCCACUGCUGCGUGGAGAUGGGCAUGGACAUGAUUGAGGCCAUCUCGAAGUGGCAGUUCGACGUCUGGUCUAACGACGUCACGCUGGCCAACCACAUGGAGGCUGGAGGCAAGGCUGGACGCAUCCACAUCACCAAGGCCACACUCAACUACCUGAACGGCGACUACGAGGUGGAGCCGGGCUGUGGGGGCGAGCGCAAUGCCUACCUCAAGGAGCACAGCAUCGAGACCUUCCUCAUCCUGCGCUGCACCCAGAAGCGGAAAGACGAGAAGGCCAUGAUCGCCAAGAUGAAUCGCCAGAGAACCAACUCCAUCGGACACAACCCGCCGCACUGGGGGGCCGAGCGCCCCUUCUACAACCACCUGGGCGGCAACCAGGUGUCCAAGGAGAUGAAGCGCAUGGGUUUUGAAGACCCCAAGGACAAGAACGCCCAGGAAAGUGCAAAUCCCGAGGACGAAGUGGACGAAUUUCUGGGCCGUGCCAUUGAUGCCAGGAGCAUCGACAGGCUGCGGUCUGAGCACGUUCGCAAGUUCCUCCUGACCUUCAGGGAGCCCGACUUAGAGAAGAAGUACUCCAAGCAGGUGGAUGACCGAUUUGGUGCCUACGUGGCGUGUGCCUCGCUCGUCUUCCUCUUCAUCUGCUUUGUUCAGAUCACCAUCGUGCCCCACUCCGUGUUCAUGUUGAGUUUCUACCUGACCUGUUUUGUGCUGCUGACCUUGGUAGUAUUUGUGUCCGUGAUCUACUCCUGCGUGAAGCUCUUCCCAGGCCCCCUGCAGACCCUCUCCAGGAAGAUCGUGCGCUCCAAGAUGAACAGCACCGUGGUGGGGGUGUUCACCAUCACCCUGGUGUUCCUGUCGGCUUUUGUCAACAUGUUUAUGUGCAACUCCACGGACCUGCUCGGCUGCCUGGCGGAUGAACAUAACAUCAGCUCCAGCCAGGUCAACGCGUGCCACGUGGUGGAGUCGGCCAUGAACUAUAGCCUGGGUGAUGAGCAGGGCUUCUGCAGCAGCCCCUGGCCCAACUGCAACUUCCCUGAGUACUUCACCUACAGCGUGCUGCUCAGCCUGCUGGCCUGCUCCGUGUUCCUGCAGAUCAGCUGCAUCGGGAAGCUGGUGCUCAUGCUGGCCAUCGAGCUCAUAUACGUGCUCGUCGUUGAGGUGCCCGGUGUCACACUCUUUGACAAUGCCGACCUGCUGGUCACCUCCAACGCCAUAGACUUCAACAACAACGGGACCUCCCAGUGCCCUGAGCACGCGACCAAGGUGGCUCUGAAGGUGGUGACGCCCAUCGUGAUCUCAGUCUUUGUGCUGGCCCUGUACCUGCACGCCCAGCAGGUGGAGUCCACUGCCCGCCUCGACUUCCUCUGGAAACUGCAGGCCACGGAGGAGAAGGAGGAGAUGGAGGAGCUGCAGGCCUACAACCGGCGGCUCCUGCACAACAUCCUGCCCAAGGACGUGGCCGCCCACUUCCUGGCCCGCGAGCGGCGCAAUGACGAGCUCUACUACCAGUCCUGCGAGUGCGUGGCGGUCAUGUUCGCGUCCAUCGCCAACUUCUCCGAGUUCUACGUGGAGCUGGAGGCCAACAACGAGGGUGUUGAGUGCCUGCGGCUGCUCAACGAAAUCAUCGCUGACUUUGACGAGAUCAUCAGCGAGGAUCGGUUCAGGCAGCUAGAAAAGAUCAAGACCAUCGGCAGUACCUACAUGGCCGCCUCUGGCCUCAAUGAUUCCACCUACGACAAAGUGGGCAAGACCCACAUCAAAGCUCUGGCCGACUUCGCCAUGAAGCUGAUGGACCAAAUGAAGUACAUCAACGAGCACUCCUUCAACAACUUCCAGAUGAAGAUCGGGCUCAAUAUCGGGCCCGUGGUGGCCGGGGUGAUUGGGGCGCGCAAGCCUCAGUACGACAUCUGGGGCAACACGGUGAACGUGGCCAGCCGCAUGGACAGCACCGGUGUGCCUGACCGCAUCCAGGUCACCACGGACAUGUACCAGGUGCUGGCUGCCAACACAUACCAGCUGGAGUGCCGGGGUGUGGUCAAGGUCAAGGGCAAAGGAGAGAUGAUGACCUACUUCCUCAACGGAGGGCCCCCGCUCAGUUAGCAGCUGCCAGCCAGUGAUGCCAGGCAGCCUGGCCUCCAGAGAAAUGAAACGGCUUCUUUGUGUGCCGGCGGGCAGGUGGAAGCCUGCGCUCCAGCCCAGGGGGCCACGCCGGUGAGAUUUGCCACUUUGACUCCAGACGCAUCUUCUGCCUUUGUGGGCGGGCAGCAGCCUGUGUCCCAGGCCCCGGGGGUGCCAGCGUCCUGCGAGCACCAAGCUGACCAAAGAUGUUUCCCUCCGUAGAAGACUCCGCUAGACUCAACCUGAAUCUUGAGUUUUCUAACGGGCACUGUUGCAACGCGGGUGGAAAAGAGCUGCUGGCGCAUCGAUGGGUGUUUGGCUGCCCAGCGCUCGACGGCAGGGCUGAGGGAGCGGCCUCCGUCUCGGGGUGGGGAGGCAGUGUGACUCUGGCUCGCGAGAGCCUAGGGGCCCUGAGGCAUCUGCUUGUCUGUGAGCCUGGAAAGUUCAGACAGAGGCCAGGUCUCUGCUCCAUGAAGGGAGCGUCCGGUAGCAGUGCUGGCUUUGGAGGGACUGGCUUCCUUUGCAGUCCCCCUCCUACAUCUGCACACACGGUCAAUGCCCCUUUGAGGGGAACAGAAUGAAUUUCCGGGGGGGGGGGCAGGAGGACUCGAAGCUAGGAGUGGUGGUUCUGAGAAAAGGAAAAUAUUUAUUAAAUAAAACAAAACAAGUUUCUGUGCCCUUCUUUAGACCAUGCUAGUUGUAUGCGUGUAAGAGACCCACAAGCUACUGAGGCUGCCACUGGGGAGAGGGGGCGGGGGUCCCGACUUGUCUUUUUUGUAUUUUUUAUUUUGUAUUAUUGAAAACCUUGGAGAUCUAACAAAUAUACCAAAUUCUAUAUUUUGUAAAUUCUCUAUAUUAGAACACAGCUGUGCACAGCAGGGUGUGUGCUCAUUUGUACUGUACGUACGUCGAUGUGUGUACUGGUGUGUGUGUGUGUGUGUGUGUGUGUGUGUGCGCGCUAUGGAACUGCUCUCAUACAGGACGUCUGUUUCCCUCAUUCAGAUGUGGCAGUUUUGGGUUUCCCCAGGUCCAGCCAGAGCAGUGAGCAUGUCCUUUUGGGGUACCAUCCCUUCAGAUUCAAGAGGAAGGUGCAUGGACACAUUACCCCAUCCAUCUCUCUCUCUACAACACACAAACACACACAUCUCUUCCCCUAAGUAAAAUGCAAAUGGCAUGGUAAGAAGAAAACAAAAGGCUGCUUUCCCAUCUCAGGCUGAGUUGGAACAACGGACGCGCCGUCCACUUGCAGCAGACAGCGUGGCCGCGGUUCACCCUUCUGCUCCCUGAGAUACCAGCCGUCUGCUGCCUGCAGAGGGCUCAGCAGUGGC